AUGGAUGUGAUAGAUGCUGUGUGUUUGUGGGCUGUCCACCAAAAAAUGAGAAGACGCAGACAAAUGAGGGAAAGAAAAUAUUGGGUUCAUCCUAUUUUAAAUAAAAGGCUUUCUCAUAGUCUUUAUAUCGCCGUCACCAGCCGUGUCACAUACGCAUUCAUUCCCAAUAUCCAAUGGGUUCUCGCGCAGCAAUGGUUCUCACCGACCCAUUUCUCCGAGCAGUUUCUCACUGGACACGGUGCUUUCCAAGCAUACUUGCAUCGAUUCAGCAUAAGUGGCGUCGUGGUGUGGGACUGCAACGGAUCCCUCACGGAGGACUCGUGGCAUGUUCUUUUGCCCUGUCCGUUGCACACUGAACCACGAUUGCAGCUAACUGAGGACCUGUGCGCCUCGGGGAUCCGGGGGCCGUGGAAUGCUGCCGACCUGGUGGCAUCUUCCCGGUCACCCGUAACUCUCGAGAGAUUCGCGCGGGCUAUACUCUCAUAA